AUGCAGCGCCCAGGACGUGAGCUGACCCCGUCUCUCGCACAUGCUGUGUUUCAGGGCCAGUUCUGUGAUUACUGCGAUGCUGCCGAUCCCAGCAAAGCUCACCCGGUGACCAACGUGAUUGAUGGAACCGAGCGCUGGUGGCAGAGUCCUCCUCUGUCUGUGGGCUUGGAGUACAAUGAAGUCAACGUCACCUUAGAUCUGGGACAGCUCUUCCAUAUUGCCUACAUCCUUAUCAAGUUUGCAAAUUCUCCUCGCCCAGAUCUCUGGAUCUUAGAAAGAUCAGUGGAUUUCGGAAGAAGUUACACUCCCUGGCAAUAUUUUGCUCACUCCAAAGCAGAUUGUUUGGAACGUUUUGGAAAGGAAGCUAAUGUUCCUGUGAGGAGAGAUGAUGAUGUCCUUUGCACUACAGAGUAUUCUCGCAUUGUGCCUCUCGAAAACGGAGAGAUUGUAAUAUCCUUGGUAAAUGGCCGUCCAGGAGCAAAAAACUUCACUUACUCCCCUACCCUUAGAGAAUUCACGAAAGCGACAAACAUCCGCCUUCACUUUCUCAGAACCAACACACUCCUUGGACACUUGAUAUCAAAAGCUCAGCGAGACCCCACUGUAACCCGCAGGUAUUACUACAGCAUAAAGGACAUCAGUAUUGGCGGCCGAUGUGUUUGCCAUGGCCAUGCUGAAGUGUGUGAUGCAAAGAGUACUGAAAACCACUACCAAUUUCAGUGUGAAUGUCAGCAUAAUACUUGUGGGGAAACCUGCAAUCACUGCUGCCCUGGAUAUAAUCAGAAACAGUGGCAACCUGCAACAGCUGGGAACACGAAUAUAUGUGAACCCUGCAAUUGCUAUGGACAUGCCACUGAUUGCUACUAUGAUGCUGGUGUUGAUCAGCGUCAAGAAAGCUUAAACAUCCAUGGGCGCUAUGAAGGUGGAGGAGUCUGCAUUAAUUGCCAGCACAACACAGCUGGCGUUAACUGUGAGAAAUGUGCAGAAGGCUACUAUCGUCCAUAUGGUGUUCCAGUGAGUGCUCCCCAUGGCUGUAUACCCUGCAGUUGUAACUUGGAGCACUCGGAGGGCUGUGAGGAAGGGUCUGGCCGCUGUUACUGUAAGCAGAAUUUCCAGGGAGAGAGCUGCGAGCAAUGUGCAGAUGGAUUCUAUGGCUUUCCGUCUUGUGUCCAAUGCAGCUGUGAUGCCCGUGGCUCUGUGCCUAAUACCUGUGGUCACCGGGGUCAGUGUCUGUGCCACAGCAACUACGCAGGGCUGAGGUGUGACCGCUGUGCCCCGGGCUAUUACAGCUACCCCAGCUGCUCACAAAUCAAUGGUGAAUGUGACCCUUCAGGCACUUCUGGGUCUCAUUUGGGCUAUUGUCAAUGUCUCCAGCAUGUUGAAGGCCCUACCUGCAAUAAAUGCAAACCCUUGUACUGGAACUUGGCCAAAAUAAACCCUGAGGGAUGUACAGCAUGCCAGUGUGAUGUGAGUGGAACAUUAAGUGGAGUUGGAGAAUGUCAGCAGGAAAAUGGACACUGUUAUUGCAAAUCUAAUGUUUGUGGAGAUUCCUGUGACACUUGUGAAGCUGGCUAUUAUGGUCUGGAAAACAAGAAUUAUUUUGGCUGCCAAGGCUGUCGGUGUGACGUCGGAGGGUCCCUGAGCUCCGUGUGCGCCGAGGCCUCGGGUGCCUGCCCGUGCAGAGAGCACGUCGUGGGCACGACCUGCCGCCGGCCAGAGAAAAACUACUUUUUCCCUGAUCUGCACCACAUGAAAUUUGAGGUUGAAGACGGUACUACUGUCAAAGGAAGGGAAAUUCGCUUUGCUUAUGAUCGUGAGGAAUUUCCUGGCUUCAGUUGGAGAGGAUAUGCCCGGAUGUCCUCUAUACAAAACGAAGUGAGGAUAACUUUGAAUGUGGAAAAAUCCAACUCGUUUCACAUUAUCCUGAGAUAUGUUAACUCGGCAAGUGCAGCGCGCUCUGGCCGCGUAGCUGCUUUUCAGUCUCAGCCUGAAACAGGGGCUGCUCAGAGCAAAGAAUUUUUUUUCCCACCCAGCAAGGAGCCAGCUUUUGUCACAAUCCCAGGAAAAAGCUUCAUAGAGCCUUUCUCACUGGUUCCAGGCACAUGGAUUGUCAGUAUAAUGGCAGAGGAAGUUCUCUUGGAUUAUAUGGUGCUGUUACCUAGGGAUUAUUAUGAAGCAUCCAUCCUGCAGUUACAAGUUACUGAACCUUGCACCUAUUCAGGACACGCUUCAACAGAGAACUGCUUGCUUUAUCAGCAUUUGCCAUUGGGCAGAUUCUCCUGUGUCCUUGGUUCAGAGGCAGCCUAUUUCACAAAUGGGGGAGAACACAGAGAGAUGCUUCUUCGACAGCCAACUCCUGACCAUCCGGCCAUGUCCCACAUCAGUGGAGGAGAGGUCAGCUUUCAGAUGACCAUAAAUGUUCCUCAUGUCGGUCGCUACGCUCUGGUCUUUGAGUACGCUAAUGAAGAGGAUCAGUUAUAUACUGCUGAGGUGAUAAUAAAUAGUCCUGGAUCUGUCACUGAAGGCAAAGUGAAAAUAUACAGUUGUAAAUACAGCUUCCUUUGUCGCAGUGUUGUAGUUGAUGAUAGGAAUCGCAUUGCAGUCUAUGACCUUCUAGCAGAUACAAAGAUACUUGUUAAGGCAUCAUCAAUUAAUUUUCUUCUGCACAAAGUUUGUAUUAUAUCAGCUGACGAAUUUUCUCUAGAGUACACCAAGCCUAAAGAGCGCUGCAUAGCUGCUUACCAGAGUACCCAUGACAGAAGCGUGACAUGCCUUUCUUCAGUAUAUGAAACUCCAUCAGGGACUUUGGUUUUGAAUGCAUUCAGGGAUGGAAGAAUUUCUGAAGUGCAUAGAAAUAUGCUCUAUGAGCAGCUCGCUGCCCCUUUGCCUCCUGACACAGUUAAUGGAGUCACCCUGACAUCGUCACAGAACUGGAUCACCUUGAGUGGGAGAGUGCCCCACUUGGGCAGAUACGUGUUUGUGGUUCACUUUUAUCAGCCAGCACACCCAGUGUUCCCUGUGCAAGUGCAUGUGGAUGCAGGACACAUGUGGUCAGGCUCCUUCAAUGCUUCCUUCUGCCCUCAUACCUCUGGCUGUCGGGAUCAGGUAAUUGCAGAAAGCCAAAUUGAACUUGAUGUUUCUGCACCUGAAGUCUCUGUUACAGUAGUGAUACCUGAUGGAAAAAUGCUCAUUCUGGAAAACAUCUUAGUUGUUCCAGCAGAUAACUACAGUUACAAAAUUCUUGAAAAAAAGACUGUGGACAAGUCAUUUGAUUUUAUCAGCCAGUGUGGAGGAAACAGUUUUUAUAUUGACCCCAAAGGAUCACCAGCCUUCUGCAAGGAUUCCAUUAGGUCGCUGGUGGCUUCCUACAAUAACGGAGCGGUGCCCUGCAAGUGCCACCAAGCAGGUGCCACCAGCCCUGCCUGCAGCCCCCUGGGGGGACAGUGCCCCUGCAGACCCAACGUCAUCGGUCGCCGCUGUAGCCGGUGCCGAACAGGCUACUAUGGAUUUCCGUUCUGCAAGUUAUGCAACUGUGGCCGGCGUCUUUGUGAUGAAGUAACCGGUAGAUGCAUUUGCCCUCCUGAAACACUGAGACCAAGAUGUGAAGUGUGCAAGGAACAUUAUUUCAGCUAUCACCCUCUUGCUGGCUGUGAAAACUGCAACUGUUCACACAGAGGAAUUGUUAAUAUGGCAAGUCCAGAAUGUGAUAAAAACAAUGGGCAAUGCAACUGCAAACCAGGAAUAAAGGGACGACGGUGUGAUCAGUGUGCGCCUGGUACUUAUGGUUUCCCAAACUGCAUUCCGUGCAAUUGCAACAGAGGUGGAACAGAACCAGCUGUUUGUGAUCCCCAGACAGGAAUUUGUCUCUGCAAGGAGAAUGUUGAAGGCGCAAAAUGUGAUGUUUGCCGGCCAGGAUCAUUUUAUCUGGAUCCUUCUAAUCCCAAGGGAUGCACCUCUUGCUUUUGUUUUGGCGCAACCAAUACCUGCCGCAGCACAAAUCAUCGUAGAACCAAGUUUGUGGACAUGAGGAACUGGCGUUUGCAGACAGUGAAUAAAAACAUUGACAUUCCAGUAACCUUCAAUCCCGUCAGUAACAGUGUAGUGGCGGAUGUUCAAGAAUUGCCUGCUUCAGUGCAUAGUUUGUACUGGAAAGCCCCACUGUCCUACCUGGGAGAGAAGCUUUCUUCAUAUGGCGGCUACCUAAGUUACCAAGUGAAAUCAUUUGGUUUGCCCAGUGAAGGCAUGGCCCUUCUGGAUAAAAGACCUGAUAUAGAACUGACAGGCCAGCAAAUGAAAGUAGCUUAUGUGGAUCCUAACAACCCACUGCCUGACCGUCAGUAUUACGGCCGUGUUCAGCUAGUUGAGGGAAACUUCAGGCAUUCCAGCAGCAAUAAGCUUGUAUCCAGGGAAGAGCUCCUGGUGAUCCUGUCUAGACUAGAUGGCUUACACAUCAGAGGCCUCUACUUCACGGAGACUCAGCGAUUAACCCUUGCUGAGGUUGGGCUGGAAGAAGCCACCAGCGCAGGAAGCGGCAGCAUUGCCUACAAUGUAGAGACAUGUUCCUGCCCUCCUGAGUAUGCCGGUGACUCAUGUCAGGAAUGUGGUCUUGGAUUUUAUCGUGAGAACAAGGGAUUAUUUACUGGACGCUGUGUUCCCUGCAAUUGCAAUGGAAAUUCAAACAGCUGUCUAGAUGGUUCUGGAAAAUGUAUUAACUGCCAGUAUAAUACUGCUGGGGAGAAGUGCGAGCGCUGCAAGGACGGUUAUUUUGGAGAUGCCACUCAAGGUUCCUGCCGGACGUGCCCUUGCCCUUAUACAAACAGCUUUGCAACGGGCUGUGUAGCAAAUGGUGAAGAAAUCCAGUGUCUGUGCAAAGAAGGCUACACCGGCGUUCGCUGCGAACGCUGUGCUCCUGGAUAUUUUGGAAAUCCACAAAAAUAUGGAGGCUACUGUCAAAAAUGCAAUUGUAACAAUAAUGGGCAGCUGGUGAGCUGUGACCACCUGACUGGAGAGUGCUUAAAUAAUGAACCGAAAGAUGUGGAUCCUGAUGAAGAUUGUGACUCCUGCGAUAGCUGUGUAAUUACACUGCUCAAGGAUUUGAGCACAAUAGGUGAUGAGCUCCAGCUGAUUAAGUCUCAGCUGCAGAACGUCCGUGCGAGCUCCCACACACUGGAGCAGAUGAGGGGCUUGGAGACACGCAUCAAGGACUUAAAGGUUUUAUUGGACAAUUACCGUUCUGUUGUUCGUAAUCAAGGUUCAAAGGUAGAUGAGAUGGAGACAGACUUCAUUAAUCUGAAUCGUGAUGUAAAUGCUCUCCAAGAAAAGGCUGAAAUGAACUACAAAACAGCAGAGAGAUUAUUCAAUAAUUUUGGUGAAACUAAUCAGAAGGGAAAGGAUUUGGUUUCAAGAAUACAAAUAGUUGUCAAUAACAUAAAAGUGCUCCUGGAACAAAUAGCUGGUACCAAUGCAGAAAGUAACAAUUUGCCCCUGGGGGACGCUGCCAAAGAACUGGCUGAUGCCCAGCGCAUGAUGGCAGAGAUGCGAAACCACAACUUUGGCCAACUGCAGGCAGAUGCAGAGCAGGAGAGAAGAGAAGCUCAGCUGUUACUGGCACAUGUUAAGAAUGAGCUACAAAAGUACCACCAAGAAAAUCAUGGGCUUGUUAGAAUUGUGCGGGAUUCACUGAAUGAAUAUGAGUCCAAACUCACUGAUCUUCGUGAAGCUCUGAAUGAAGCCAGUGGACAAGUCAAGCAGGCUGAAAAUUUAAACAGAGAUAACGGAGUUCUGUUGGAAGACAUUAAGAAACGGAUUGACGAGACAAACACCCAGCAGAGCAACAUCUUGGAUAUUUUGAGCUCUGCCCAAACGUCCUUGACACAAGCAAGCAGUGUACUUGGAUUAUUGCAGAAGAGCAAAGAGGAAUAUGAAAGUCUGGCAGCUCAGCUUGAUGGAGCAAGGAAGGAUCUGAACGAAAAGCUGACAAAUGGUUCCUUAUCAGCCAGCAAAGAACCUCUGGUGGUGAGGGCUGAGGAGCAUGCCAACUCUCUGCAAGCCUUGGCGAAACAGUUGGAUGAGAUAAAGAACAGCGCCAGGCAGGACGGGUUGGUCAGCUGUGCUGUGGAGGCCUCCACUGCCUAUGACAACAUCAUUAACGCCAUCAAAGCAGCGGAGGAAGCGGCCAACAGGGCUGGCAGUGCAGCUGACUCCGCUUUACUGACAGUGAAGAGAGAAGACCUAUCAGGAAAAGCUGCAAGGUUAAAAGCUGACAGCAGUGCACUCUUGAAUCAAGCACAAGAGACUGAAAAGACCUUGAAAGUUAUUGGUCCAAACCUUGAAGACAUAAAUCGAAGAGUCGGUGUCGUUGAUGGACAGAAGGAUGAACUAAAAAUUGAUCUUGUCACUCUUCAAAAUAAUCUCAAUGGCAUAAACAGAGACGACAUCGACAGCAAGAUCACCGAGGCAAAGAGCAUGGUGAAAAAUGCCAAGGAUGUCACGACUAGUGUAUUAAGUGAAUUGCUCCCAAUUCAAGCAGAUGUGGAAGAAAUGAAGGGUACCUAUGGAAGCACCCAGAGUGCUGACUUCAGGAAGCUGUUGAUGGAGGCAAACAGUUCAGUAACGAUAUUGACAAACACACUUCCAGAUCUAUUCAGCAAGAUUGAGAGCAUUAACCAACAGCUAACGCCAAUGAACAACAUCUCUGAGAACGUAAAUCGCAUAAGAGAGCUUAUUCAGCAGGCAAGAGAUGCUGCAAACAAGAUUGCCAUUCCCAUGAGGUUCAAUGGCAGCUCUGGGGUAGAAGUUCGACCUCCAAGGAACCUUGAAGAUUUGAGAGGCUAUACUUCCCUGUCUUUCUUCCUCCAAAGACCUCAGAAAAGAUCGGAUAUCCUCCAGAGGGCACCAAAUAUGUUUGUCCUGUACCUGGGUAAUAAAGAUGCUUCCCAGAACUACCUUGGCAUGGCCCUGAAGCGUGGUCGCCUCACCUGUGUCUACAACCUGGGAGGCAACGAAGCAGAGAUAGAUGUGGAGCCGCUGGUGACCGAGAGCAACUCCGAGGAAGCCAUUCUGGAUCAAGUCAAGUUGGAAAGGAUUUACCAGUAUAUGAGGCUGAAUUACAUCAAAGCGGCUACAUCAACUUCUCCAGAAAAUGAAAAGCCUUUGGAUGGGAACAGUGGAGACAGUCACACUCUCCUAAACCUUGAUCCCAACAAUACUGUCUUUUAUGUUGGAGGAUACCCACCAGAUUUUAGGCCUCCACAAAAGCUAGACUAUCCUCAUUAUGAAGGCUGCAUUGAAUUAGACAGCCUAAAUGAGAAUAUUAUCAGCCUGUACAACUUCAAGAGGACAUUUAAUCUCAAUACCACUGAAGUGCAACCAUGCAGAAGGUAUAAAGAAGAGUCUGACCAAAGCUAUUUCGAGGGCACUGGUUAUGCCAGUGUCUCAUCUAAGGAAACAAACGCUUACAUGACAGCACGCUAUGAGCAGACGAUUCAGACCACUGCAGAUGAAGGGCUCGUGUUUUUUGCAGCAAAUGAGGACCAGUUCAUCAGCAUACUCAUUAAAAAUGGUCAUCCUGUUUUUAGAUACAAAAUUGGCACCGAGCCUCCAAAGGAAAUAGAAAACAACGCGACUGUAAAUGAUGGAACAUAUAAACAAAUUAGUUUGGUGAUUAUCAGAAGUAACAAUGCUGUUCAUGUCAGUCCUGGUAUUAGUGUCAAUACGAGAGUCUUCAGUUUCACUAAAUACUACCUGGGUGGAAUUCCAUCUUCUCUCCGGGAACGCUUUAAUAUAUCUACACCUCCAUUCCGGGGCUGCAUGAAGAACGUUAAAAACCCUAGAACUGCAUCUGUUAUUUUUGAUGAGACCGUUGGUGUCAGCAAGAAAUGUUCAGAUGACUGGAAGAUUGUCAGAUCUGCAGCUUUCUCCAGAGAGGGAACCCUGAGCCUGAGUUCAACAGGAUUCCCAUUUCCCAGAGAUUUCCAAGUCAGCUUUGGCUUUCGCACUGUGACGUCAACUGGAACACUCUUAAAUUACAGUCCUAAUAGUCUUCUCGUCUUCCUGAGACCUGGCUCUGUAGUGGUAAGGAUGGGAGAAACAGAAAACAAACUGGACAAGAAGUAUGAAGAUGGGUCGAUGCAUUAUGUGACAGUCAUAAAAAAUGAUGACAUACUAAGACUGCUGGUGGAUGAUGAGCCUGUGUCAAAGACUGUUGGCUAUUCAGGACGACAGCCAUUAGCCCAGCCUAUAAGAUUUGGAGGAGAUGAUUUUGAAGGUUGCAUCUCAAACGUCUUUAUAGAAAGGGCAGGGCAGCUCCCGGCGGUUCAAAAUCUAGUUGACUACACCAGGAAGAGCGGCGUGGCGCUCGGAGCCUGCCACCAGUACCUGAACCCUGAACCAAGGCUGCUGCAAGAACUCAAUAGUUCCAUCACAUUUAAGAUGCUCAAGAAUGAAAAAUACCUUGGUUAUCUGAUGGACGCUGAGCUGCAGCAGGACCAGCAAAGCUCGGUCUUGUCUAAUGUCACUCAGUUAAAGGUCAAUAGUGGAGCCUAUCUGUUUGGAAACACUCCCAACAGUUUUGUGUCAUACACCUUUUCGCCAGUGUACCCUUCAGACAGGUUGCAUUUUUCUGUAGAUGUGCGGACUCGAUCAUCAAGAGGAUUAGUGUUUUUUGUGGAGGAGAGAUUUGAGAACUCUUACCUGGCUCUCCACAUUUCCAAAGGACGUUUUGUCUUUUCCCUUGUUUCCGGAGGAAAACGCUUCAAAAUCAAAACCGAUGCCAAAUACAACGAUGGUCAGUGGCACACUGUGGCGUUCAGCAGGCAUGGGAAGAGCAUCCGCCUCGUCGUCGAUGGGCUCAGGGCCCAGCACGGAAGACUGGGAGCAAGCUCUGCCGCCGGCAUUCAGCCACCCAUCUACCUGGGCGGGCUGCCCUCGCCGGGCCCCCAGAUUAUUCCAGUGAACAGUUUCAAAGGCUGCCUGAGGAAUUUUAAGAUGAAUGGAGAAGUCAUGAAUACAGCUCAGCAAAAAGAUGGUGUACUUCCAUGUCUGGAUGUUCCCACGGAGACUGGCAUUUAUUUCUUUAACGAAGGAGGAUAUAUCACCAUUGAUCACUUGGCCCUGGGCUUGGAUUUUACAAUUGCAUUUACUGUUCACCCGAGGAGCUCAGCAGGGGUGCUUCUCCAUUCGGGAAGCAAGCGGGACAACUACCUGACUGUUUACAUGCAAGGAGGAAAAGUUGUCGCCGUUGGAAAUAACGGGGCAGGAGAGUUUGAGACGUGGGUGCGAGCGGCGCGGUCCCUGCGCGGCGGGACCUCAGUCACAGUGUCUCGGAAGGGAAACGCGGUGCAGCUGGAGGUUGGCACUCGCAGCAACGCUACCACUGGACUCCCUCCCUUCACGCCUCGACUCGGGCGCCAGCCGCUCUACUUGGGCGGCAUUCCAGCAAAUGUGGCCACACCCUGGCUUCCCGUUAGAGAUCCCUUUAUUGGCUGUCUCCGGAGCAUCAUCCUCAACGACAACCCCGUCUCCCCCCGCGGCCUUUCCGAGGCGCGCGGUGCCGUGAGCCUGCACGGCUGCCCCGCCGAGUAG